AUGACGUCCCAACAGGACGACGAUGACGUGGAAGAGUGGAGAGUCCUGUAUCAGGAGACAUUCGGCUAUCGACAUCCACUCUUUCAUCCCGAACACGCGGUUUUUCAAUUUCAGCCAGAUCCCAAAUUCACUGGUCAUAAUAGGAAUCGAAGGGAAAAUAAUGAAAAAGAUGAGAAAGAAGAGGAUGAUGAUGAAGAAGAAUGGAAUCCAUGGAAAGAAUCGUAUGAACAAUUGAGUCGAGGUGUUCAUGUGAUGAAUAGCAUGGAACAGUUCGUUGGUGCAGCUGACAUACAGUGCUUUGAUCAUAUUGAUGAGGCGUUGAGAUUCCUCGACGAGAAUCCCGAAGGGCACCACGAAAAACUAAUUUUCCUCCAUGAAGGCACCCACGAGGUCAACCACACCAUCCGAAUAGCAUCAGAUGUACAGAUCCUAGGAGCCUCCUCUUCAGAAGACAUCGCAUCUACAGUAAUCCUCACUGGCCGCCAUGCAACUGUUCUAGAAUUUCAAGAAGGAUCAAAUUGUCCCUAUUUGGGUUAUGUGACAGUAAAAUAUGAGGUGGAUACGGAGCACGAGGCUCAAGUGGCACAGCAGUUGAUAAUGGAGGUUGAUGAAGGGGCGGAGCCUCCGACAGAUGAGCCAAAAGCAGGACCUCUUCUGGAUGAUGAUGAGGAUGAUGAUCUGGAAAAAGUGAAUGGAAUUGAAACGGAUCCAACCACAAAUUGUGCAAUGAUUGUGACAGGAGCGGGGGUGGAGCCAACAAUUGAACGCUGUAAUUUUCAAUCAGGAAAUGCAGACAGUCAUACUGUAGUUGUAAAGGAUCAUGCGUCUCCGAAGGUUUUUCAGAUCCGAAAUUCGACAUUUAUUGGAGGCUCUGGUGGUGGUAUCAUCAUCACCCAUCAGGCUACAGGAUACUAUGAUUCUUGUGAAUUCGCACAAAAUUUGCAGUCUGGAAUUCGGGUGCAGUUUCAAGCCAAUCCAUACUUUAUCAAUUGUAGAAUACAUCAUCAGGGUGAUGUUGGAGUGUUUAUUUUGGACGACGGUUUGGGACAUUUCCAAAACUGCGAAAUCUUUUCCAACUCAAAAUUUGGCAUUGAACUGAAAUCUCCCCAAACGAACCCAACAAUAACAGAAUGUGAAAUUCAUCAUGGCGGCUCUGGCGGCAUUUGUAUACACGAAGAAGCCACCGGGCAAUUUCUAAAAAAUCGGAUCCAUCACAACGAGUUCCUAGCCGUUUGGAUAUCGGAAGGCGCAAAUCCCAUAGUUCGGAGUAAUGAGAUUUUCGAUGGUAGUCAUGGUGGCAUUUUUGUACAUCGAUAUGGAAAGGGAUUGAUAGAGGACAAUGAUAUUCGAGGGAAUGAGUUGGCUGGAAUAUUUGUGGAUACAGGGGCGGAGCCAUGGAUUCGAAAUAAUCAUAUUCAUACAGGGAAACAGGCCGGCGUCUACUUCUACGAUGGUGGCUCCGGAGUUCUGGAAUCAAACGAGAUAAAUGGAAAUACGCUAACAGGAGUUCAAAUUAGAACAGGAGCCAAUCCUCGAGUGGUCAAGAAUCGGAUAUGGAAUAAUGAUAAUGGAGUGUUGAUCCAUGAAGCAGGCAUGGGAUCCUUGGAAGAGAAUACAGUAUUUGACAACUCGAUGACAAAUGUUUUUAUUAAAACCGAAGCGACGCCUAUUGUAAGAAGAAAUAAGAUAUUUGGAUCUCGUGGAACUGGAAUCUCAGUGACUGAUGGUGGAAAGGGCACUAUUGAGGAGAAUGAGAUCUUUGAUAACGCCCAAUCAGGGGUUCUGGUGUUAUCUGAAGCGGCACCGGUGAUUCGUUUGAAUCGGGUUCAUGGAAAUCAAUCGGCUGGGAUAGAAGUGUCGUCAAAGGGGGAUUGUGUGGUUAGGGAGAAUCGAGUGUUCAGGAAUCGAUUUGGAGGAAUCAUGACGGCAAGUGGUUCAACCGUGAAAGACACUCAGAACCAAGUCUACGACAAUCUGGACCGCGUCCGAAAAGCCAUUGAUUCUGGCCACUGUCUAUUUUCAGUCAGUGGAAAAGAGUUCUACCCGAUGCACAACUUUUAUAGAUGCAUCACCUGCAACUCCUCAGAACGAAAUGCAAUAUGUCAGAGUUGCAUUGAACGGUGUCAUAAGGGGCAUACAGUAAUGUUUUUAAGAUGUGAUAGAUUCUACUGCGAUUGCGGUGCUGAUCAUUUGGAACGUUCCUGCUGUCUUCGGCAGACCUAA